CGAUACAUGUCCCCUUUUCUUCUUUUUCUCUUCUCUUCGUCCAUUUUUCUUUUCUUCAUUCCUUCCUCUCAUUCUUUCCUUCGCCUUUAGUCAUUCCUUCACUUUUUUCAUUCGACCAUUGCAGCAUUCCUACGAUGCAGGAUCAGUCUAGCAAGAUCGUGCUCGAGCAAAUCUCACACCUCACCCUGACCGCGCCUACCGACGAAAUUUAUCAUGCCUCGGUUGCUUGGUUCGAGCAGCUUGGCUUGAGGGCUAUCUUGACCGAAACCUCUGCUGAUACGAAGGCGACCUGGCUCCAGCUUUUCUGCGAGGAGACGUCAACCCAUGACCCUGCCAUCAAGAUUGCAUACUCGCCCUCUGGCCUCCGUAAACUGCCCCACUCGACCAAGAUGGACUGGCGCAGUGUACCCGCCAUUGCCACCAUCAUCACCAACACACUCAAGGCAAUUGAAGAACUCUUUGCCAGUCUUCCAUGGGCUUAUCAGCGGUACUCCAUUCCAUCAAAAGAUCCCCUCGCUCAAAGCGAAUACUCGGCCAUCUAUACUCACGAUCCCAUGAACAACCUUCUGAUUUUCACCGAUAAGCCUAAUCCCUUCGCGUCAAAGAAGAAGACCGAGACUGCACAUCACGUGGAAGCCGAGCAUACCGAAACUCAACGUCCACAGUUCCAGGCGUUGGAGCAGCCUGAUGGAAGAAAACGCAAGAUCGCUAUUCUGACCUCCGGAGGCGAUGCCCCAGGAAUGAACGCCUCUGUUCGUGGAGUUGUCAGAGCCGCCAUUGUUCGUGGAUGUGAUGCUUAUGCAGUGCAUGAGGGUUACCAGGGUCUUGUGGAUGGUGGCAAGAUGAUCAAAAAGAUGGGUUGGGAUGAUGUCCAGGGAUAUUUGACCACUGGUGGUACCGUCAUCGGAACUGCACGCUGCAAAGCCUUCCGAGAGCGUCCUGGUCGUCUCUCGGCUGCCAAGAACUUGGUUCUGGAGGGUAUCGACGCUUUGAUUGUCUGCGGAGGAGACGGCUCCUUGACAGGUGCAGAUCUCUUCCGAGCUGAGUGGCCCAGCUUACUUGAAGAGCUUGUCAACACAGGCGAGCUGACUCAAGAGCAGGUCGAGCCUUUUUCCAAUCUCAACAUUGUGGGUCUUGUGGGCUCGAUCGAUAACGACAUGGCCUGCACUGAUAUCACCAUCGGCGCUGUCACUUGCCUUCAUCGAAUCUGCGAAAGUAUUGACUCGAUCUCCAGCACUGCAUCCAGCCACUCUCGUGCUUUCGUCGUUGAGGUCAUGGGCCGCCACUGCGGUUGGCUGGCUCUCAUGGCCGGCAUUGCCACUGGAGCUGACUUUAUCUUCAUCCCCGAGCGCCCUCCGUCUGGCGAAGACUGGCAGGACAACAUGUGUGCUGAGAUCAAAAGGCAUCGUGACCUGGGCAAGCGCAAAACCAUUGUUAUCGUGUGCGAGGGGGCCAUCGACAGUAACCUUAAUCCCAUUACCGCCAAAGACCUGGCAGACCUCUUGACAGACCACUUGCAUUUGGAUACUCGCAUGACCAUUUUGGGACACGUCCAACGCGGAGGAGUCCCAUGCGCCUUUGAUCGCAAUCUAGCCACUAUGCAAGGAGUGGAGGCUGUCGAGGCCGUCUUGGCUAGUAGACCCGAUGUUCCCAGCCCCAUGAUUGCUAUGAACGAGAACAAGAUUGUGAGGACCGACUUGAUGAAAGCCGUCGCUCUUACCGGUGAGGUUGCCAAGGCUAUUGCUCGCAAGGAUUUUAUUGGUGCCAUGGAGCUGCGCGACCCAGCUUUCAAUCAGCAGUACGAUCAAUUUAUCGCUACUACUCUAUCUUCGAACGAGCGCUCCUUGCUGACACACGACAAGGAAAACUGCCAGCCCCUACGCAUUGGUAUCAUCAACGUUGGAGCCCCAGCUGGGGGAAUGAACGCCGCUGUACGUGCCGCUGUUCGCUAUGCCCGCAACCGUGGCCAUAUCCCGUUCGCUAUCCACAAUGGUUUCCCUGGACUGAUCGCUGGCCAAGUCAAGGAGAUGCAAUGGAUGGAUGUCGAUGGCUGGAUGGCUCAUGGAGGAAGUGAGCUGGGUACUAACCGCGACCAGCCUUCUCUUGACCUUGGCAUGGUCUCGUAUCAGCUUCAGAAGUUCAACAUCCAGAGUCUGCUCUUGAUCGGAGGUUUCGAGGCUUACACUGCCUGUCUGGAGAUGUACAACGCCCGCGAAUCAUAUCCGGCCUUCUGCAUGCCGAUGGUUCACAUUCCCGCAACCAUCAGCAACAACGUUCCUGGAACGGAGUACAGUCUGGGAUGCGAUACCAGUUUGAAUGCCAUCAUGGAAGCUUGCGACGCUAUCAAGCAAAGUGCCACCGCCAGCCGAAAGCGCGUCUUUGUUGUGGAGGUCCAUGGAGGCAAGUCUGGAUUCUUGGCCGUCAUGUCUGGACUUGCUGUUGGGGCGACAUCUGUGUAUAUUCCUGAAGAGGGCAUCAGCCUGACCCGUUUGCAGAAGGACGUCGCCCACUUGUGUCAGCGAUACGCGGAGGAUGCAGAGGGCAAAUCCCAGGGGCGGGUUUUCAUCCGAUCAGAGGCCGCCUCCAGGACCUACACAACAGACAUUGUGUCCGCCAUUAUCAAGGAAGAGGGUCAUCAGCAGUUCGACUCCAGAACAGCAAUCCUGGGACAUAUUCAGCAGGGCAAUUCGCCUUCGCCUCUGGAUCGUGUCCGUGCCAUGCGUCUGGCGGUCUGCUCAAUCGACUUUAUGGAAGAAAAAGCGUGUCUCUCUUCCUCUUCUUCAUCAAGUGCCUCGAGCGCAUCCUCUUCAGGACCGGUUGUGUACAACAAGGACCCAGAUAGUAUUUCUGUAGCUGGUAUCCACGGCAGCAAUGUCAGCUUUACUAGCGUUGAAGCCUUGUUGAAGUCCACUGACAUGAAGAACCGCAAGCCCACGCAGACAUGGUGGAUGGACUACAAGCGCAGUUGCAAUUUGCUGGCGCGCAGGACCGAUCUGCUUUAGAUAGAACGCAUUAUGAGAAAAGAUAGCAGUAAAGCACACAUGCAUUUCGCGGAGAGAAGGUACGCGAUGUAGUGGCUUGAGGCCGG